AUGAAACUACAAGCUCGGAAUAACCCAGUCCUAGCGUUAUCACUGUCUGAAAAUGUUACGUUGUCCAAUACUAUGGCUUCACAGAAUCAUAAUGUUUAUGAUCCGCAGCAACAAGUUGGCUACGCAGGAUAUCCACAACAACCAGGUGGUUUCGCAGGAUAUCCACAACAACCAGGUGGUUUCGCAGGAUACCCGCAACAACCAGUCGGUUUCGCAGGAUACCCACAACAACAGGGUGCUUAUGGAGGUCAACAACCCUAUCCCCCAGCAUCCGGUAAAAAUUCACAACUUUAUUCGGAUCAAGGGCCCUAUGGAGAGCAGCAGUCAUAUGGGGAUGCUGGUGCACCACAAAUACCAUUUAUACCGCCUGUUCCAAAACCCUUUACUGCUGUAUCACAACCAAAAGAUGAUGAACAAGGUAAUGCCGAUUGGGGUAAUUUUAAUGGUCUUGAAAGUAAAGAAAUUCGACGCGUAUUUAUACGAAAGGUUUAUCUUAUCCUUAUGAUUCAACUUUCGGUUACAUUUGGAUUUAUUGCGCUAUGUCAUUUUACAGAAGAUAUUAAAACUUAUGUUAAAUCAGCGAAUGGUCGAUGGGCAUAUUGGGCAAGUUAUAUUGUUUUUUUUGUUACAUAUAUAACGCUGGCAUGUUGCCGAAGUGUUGGCCGAAGAUUUCCAUUAAAUUUAGUUUUAUUAUCGUUGUUGACCUUAUCUAUGUCAUAUAUGAUGGGCAUGAUAUCAGCAUUUUAUAGAAUUGAUUCUGUUUUAAUUGCUGUUGGAAUAACAGCAGUUGUUUGCCUUGCCGUUACACUAUUUUCAUUUCAAACAAAAUAUGAUUUUACAAGUUGUGUAAGUUAUUCAAUGGGAGUCCUUUUUGUUGUAUCAAUAGCAUUAAUGGGUUUUGGAAUUGUUUGCAUAUUUACACGUUCACAAUUCUUAGCCGUUGAUACACAAUUAAUUAUGGGUGGAAAACGUCAUGAAAUCAGUGCUGAGGAUCAUAUAUUUGCCUCAAUAAUGCUCUAUUUAGAUAUAAUCUAUAUCUUCAUGUUUCUUUUAUCGCUUUUCGGAAAACGAGAAUAA